AUGCAGGCUGUUCACUCUGAGUUCAAAUCUGACGAUAACACGAAAAAUAUGGCGGAAAAUGCGCUGCUUUGGAUGAAGACUAUGGUUGAGGGGUCUGCAAAGUUUGGGAAGCCGCUGAAUGUAGCGCCGGAGUGGAAGAAGGAGAUGGAGGAUGCUGGGUUUGUGGAUGUUGAGCAGAAGAUUCUCAAGGUUCCCAUCGGAUCUUGGCCUAGAGACCCGAAGCUCAAAGAGAUUGGCAAGUUUCAGUCUGUUCAAGAAGCGCAGGUCAUUACGUCGUAUACACCUGGUAUCUUCUCGCGUGUUCUUGGGUGGAGUGAUGAGGAGAUUCAGGUGUUCAUGGCAAAGGUGAAGAAGGAUCUUUCUGAUCCGAGUAUUCAUCUUUAUCUUCCUGUUUUCUUCAUUUGGGGAAGAAAGCCGGAGUGA